AUGGCUGACCUGGACGCUGAGCUUCUCGCGCUGGCGGGAGGCGAUGAUUCUUCAGACGAGGAAUCUCCCGCCAUCUCGCAGCAGAGGGACAAAGAUAAAGACAGGGAGCGCCAGGCGUCCGGCAGUCCCGCUUCCAAAGACCAGGACAACGACGGCGAGAUGGGUCGCAAGGGGAUAGCUAGGCCCGUCAAGCGCCAGCGCAAGAGAGCCAGAGCCUACGACGAUGAAGAGGAAGAGGGCGAGCUCUCCUCGUCCAGCGUUCAGUCUCGCCGCUCUCUGCGGUCUGCAUCCAUGUCCGAGUCAGAGUCGGAUACCUCACCUCCCCCGGAGGAAAACCAGGGCCCCAUCUUCCCCUACGAGAAGCUCUUCUACUCCGCCAAAGACAAGAGCGAAAUCAUGGCCCUGCCCGAAAUCCAGCGAGAGGAGCUGCUCUCCGAACGAGCGCAGCAGGUCGACCGCCACAACCAGGAUAUCGCGCUGCGUCGUCUGCUCGCCAACAGAGAGCGAGAGGAAGCCCGUGCCGCGGCUAAGAAGAAGCGCAAGGCCAGCUCGACAGACUUGGAGGACAGCCAGCGCAAGAGCUCGCGCAAGAAGACCGUGCUCGGCGGGCGCAAGGUGGGCGAGCCAUCGGACGCCAUCGAGGCCUACAAGCGCCAGAGAGAGCAAAAGGGGAAACGAGACGAGCAGCGCCGUCGGGACGCAUCGUCACGAAAGAACAACAACAACAACACCGGGAGCUCGCCUGCACGGGAGACAGACGACCGAGACGCCAGCGGCGAGAGUGAGGUCGAGUGGGACGAAGGCACCAGACGCUCGCCUCCCCAGUACGAUCCGCCAGCCGAACUGGCCGAUUUCCAGCGCGCGAGAGUCGGACGCAGCAACUUUGCGCAGGUCUGCUUCUAUCCCGGCUUCGAUCGGGCCAUCAACAACUGCUACGCCAGAGUCAGCCUGGGGCCCAAUCCGUCGACCGGCAAGCCAGAGUAUAGGAUCGGCCUUAUCAAGAGGUUCACCGAAGGCCGUCCGUAUGCCAUCGAAGGGCCCAACGGGCGCAACUUCAUCACAACGCAGUACUGUCGUCUGGCACAUGGCAAGGCCGAGAAGGACUUUCCCUUCAUCGCCUGCUCCGACUCUCCUUUUACCGAAGGUGAGUUCAACCGCUACCGCCAGACCAUGAUAGUCGAAGACUGCAAGAUGCCUACAAAGUCCAUGGUCUCGAACAAGGUGGCAGACAUCAACCGUCUGCUCAACCACCAGUUCACCAAAGAAGAGCUCGAAGAGAAGCUCCGUCGCCAGGGCACGAACGACAACAAGCAGCUUAUCUUCAGCCGCAUCCAGCUGGAGCGCCGCCGCAACGAGGCCAUCGCCAACAAGGACGAAGCCGCGAUCGCCGAAUGCGACGCUGAGCUCGCCCGCCUCACCGGCCCCAAACUCGCCUUUGGCACCAGCCUGACCAAGCCCCGCUCCAGCGAGAAAUCGCAGCAGGAACGGCUCGCCGAGCUCAACCUGCGCAAUCAGAAGCUCAACACCGAGAAUGUGCGCAAGGCCCAGCUGGCCGAGCGCAAGGCAGCCAAGAUGGCCGCCGUCGCCGUUGCCCGGGGAGAAGCCGUGGCCGAUCGCUUUGCACGUGUCAAGACCAGAGCCAGGACGUACUACGAGUCCACGGACGGCCAUCUCGUCCCCGUCAAACCCGAGGCCGUCGUCGCGGACCGCAGCCGCGCCCUCACCCCGACGAGCAUCAACGUCGACGGCGCCGCCAGCACGCCCACCAACGGCACGACUCCACGCAGCACGACCCCGUCCAAGCCCUCGACGCCAAAGGUCUACAAGGGCGUCCCCGUCAUCCGUCACCGGCCUACGGACGAGGACAACAUCGCCGCCUUGGACCUGGGCAUCGACAUUGAGAUCUGA